AUGGCUAACUGUGCAUGGCAGCGCGAACGCUCUCGUUCACCCCAUCGUGGUCGAUCCCGGAGCCCCGGCCGUUCUACAGGUGGCCACCGUCGAUCUUUCUCACCACGUAACAACCGCUCUCGUAGCCCAAAUUAUCGUCGAACAUCGAGACGGUCCCGCUCUCCGAUGGCCGGACAGGCACCGCCUUCUGGAACACCGCCUGCCGCAAACUACAGUGGCGGAAGCGCUCCUCACCGUUCACAAGAUGACCGCACCGCAGCCAGGGACCAAAUGUUAUCCAAUGUUCGCGAUAGCUCGCAACAAGACCGCCGUGUCUACGUUGGAAACCUCUCUUAUGAUGUCAAAUGGCACCAUUUGAAGGAUUUUAUGCGGCAGGCUGGUGAGGUCCUUUUUGCGGAUGUUCUCUUGCUGCCAAACGGAAUGUCGAAGGUGGGCGACUACAACGAGUAG